ACAAAGCUUUAAGUUAAUUGGUAGAGUUUUUUAGGCAAGACAUGAGGAGUCGCGGUGGUGGCCUCACCGGAGGUCGCCGGUUGCCACACAUGUUGGUGGUGUUAGCCUUGUUGGCUAUUUCUAAUGUAGUUUCUGGGGAUAAUAGUUAUUUGUAUUCUUCACCUCCGCCUCCUGUGUAUCAAUAUAAAUCUCCUCCGCCACCUUCUCCAUCUCCACCACCUCCCUAUGAGUAUAAGUCUCCACCACCGCCAGUGCAUUCGCCUCCCCCACCAUAUGUAUACAAGUCUCCUCCACCGCCAUCACCAUCGCCUCCCCCACCAUAUGUAUACAAAUCUCCUCCACCACCAUCACCAUCGCCUCCCCCACCAUAUGUAUACAAGUCUCCUCCACCGCCAUCACCAUCACCGCCACCACCAUAUGUUUACAAAUCUCCCCCACCACCUUCACCUUCACCGCCACCUCCAUACUAUUACAAAUCUCCACCGCCACCCUCACCUUCCCCUCCUCCACCUUAUUACUAUAAAUCUCCUCCACCCCCUUCACCAUCUCCUCCUCCGCCUUAUUACUAUAAAUCUCCUCCACCUCCUUCACCAUCUCCUCCUCCGCCUUAUUACUAUAAAUCUCCUCCUCCACCAUCACCAUCUCCUCCUCCACCAUACUAUUAUAAAUCUCCUCCUCCACCCUCACCUUCACCGCCGCCCCCCUACUACUACACCUCUCCACCUCCGCCCAAGAAAUCACCACCUCCUCCUUAUUACUACACCUCUCCCCCACCACCAGUUAAAUCACCACCCCCUCCAUACCAUUACUCAUCACCGCCACCACCUGUAAAGUCUCCUCCUCCACCAUACUACUACUCUUCUCCACCACCACCAAUGAAAUCGCCCCCUCCUCCAUACUACUACACCUCUCCACCACCACCCAAGAAAUCACCCCCCCCUCCUUAUUACUACACCUCUCCCCCACCACCAGUUAAAUCACCCCCUCCUCUAUACUACUACUCUUCUCCACCACCACCAAUGAAAUCGCCCCCUCCUCCAUACUACUACACCUCUCCACCACCACCCAAGAAAUCACCACCCCCUCCUUAUUACUACACCUCUCCCCCACCACCAGUUAAAUCACCACCCCCUCCAUACCAUUACUCAUCACCACCACCACCUGUAAAGUCUCCCCCUCCUCCAUACUACUACUCUUCUCCGCCGCCACCUAAAAAGUCUCCUACUCCAUACUAUUACACUUCCCCCCCACCACCCAAGAAAUCCCCUCCAUCUCCAUAUUAUUACACCUCACCACCACCACCAACUCAUUAUUAUCCUCCACAUCAUGAUCAAUUAGUUGUUAAAGUUGUUGGAAAAGUGUACUGCUUCAAAUGUUACGAUUGGGCAUAUCCUAAGAAAUCCCAUAACAUGAAACAUCUCAAAGGUGCAAUAGUUGAGGUAACUUGUAUGGCCGAUGAAAAGAAAAUUGUGGCAUAUGGAACCACCAAGAUCAAUGGAAAGUAUAGCAUUGAAGUUAAAGGAUUUGACUACAAGAAAUAUGGAGGAAAGGCAUGCAAGGCUAAACUUCACACACCACCCAAGGGUUCCAAGUGUAACAUCCCUACUAACUUUCAUAUGGGCAUUAAGGGUGCUACACUAAGUGUAAAAUCAAAGACACUUUAUGAAGUUGUUCUCUAUGCAAAACCAUUUGCUUAUGCCCCAAAGACUCCUUAUGAGAAAUGUGAGAAACCCAAAUCUACCCCUCUUCCAUACUACUACAAAUCUCCCCCACCACCAACUUACUACUACAAAUCACCACCCCCUCCUUCACCCUUGCCUACACCAACAUAUUCUUAUAAGUCACCUCCACCGCCAUCUCCAUCACCACCACCACCAUAUUAUUACAAAUCUCCUCCUCCACCAUCACCCUCUCCUCCACCACCUUAUUAUUAUAGAUCCCCACCUCCCCCAUCACCGUCACCUCCACCACCAUACUAUUACAAAUCUCCUCCUCCUCCAUCACCGUCACCCCCGCCACCAUACUAUUAUAAGUCUCCACCACCCCCAUCUCCAUCGCCACCACCACCCUACUACUAUAAAUCUCCUCCUCCUCCAUCACCGUCACCCCCGCCACCCUACUAUUAUAAGUCUCCACCACCGCCAUCUCCAUCACCACCACCACCCUACUACUACAAAUCUCCUCCUCCACCCUCACCCUCUCCUCCUCCACCAUACUAUUACAAGUCUCCACCUCCUCCAUCGCCAUCACCCCCGCCACCAUACUAUUAUAAGUCUCCACCACCACCAUCUCCAUCGCCACCACCACCCUACUACUACAAAUCUCCUCCUCCACCCUCACCAUCUCCUCCUCCACCAUACUAUUACAAGUCUCCACCUCCUCCAUCGCCAUCACCCCCACCACCAUACUAUUAUAAGUCUCCACCACCCCCAUCUCCAUCGCCACCACCACCCUACUACUACAAAUCUCCUCCUCCACCCUCACCCUCUCCUCCUCCACCCUACUACUACAAGUCUCCACCACCCCCAUCACCAUCUCCUCCACCUCCGUACUACUAUCAAUCCCCUCCUCCACCAUCCCCAUCUCCCCCACAGCCAACAUACAUUUACUCUUCUCCACCCCCACCAACCAAGUACUAAGCUUUAAUUGCUCUUCCAGUUUUUGUUGUAUACCAGAUCUUCCAUCCAAUUGUGGAAUAAAUGAAGGCUUCUUGAAAGGAAGAUUCGGACAUCAUUUAUUAUAAUUUAUUUGUCAAAUAAAGGCUCCGUCCUUAUUGUAUCAUUUUAUUCUAUA